CACAAAACCAUGAAGAAGCUUUCAACAUCUCUGUUCUGUCUCUCAGGAGAACCAAAAAAAAAAAACUAGAUCGAUUUCUCUUUGUGUAAAAUUAAAUGAGUAACCUAAAACUUGGUGUUGAAGUCAUAAGCGCAAGGCUCGGAGAUGGUGUUAAUUCCUUUGUGGAGCUACGAUUCGACGAUCAGAAAGUCAAAACCUCGACAAAGCUCGACGAUUCGAGACCUGUUUGGAACGAGAGGUUCUUCUUCAACAUCUCCGACACAGAUGACCUAUCGAACCUGGUUCUUGAGGCUUACGUUUACAACAAAACUAGCAACGUAACGAAGUCUUGUCUUGGUAAGAUUCGAAUCCUUGGAACAGCUUUUGUGCCCUACUCUGAAGCUGCGGGGUUGCAAUACCCUCUUGAGAAAGACAAAUGGAACGCCUUCUCUUUUGGAUCCACCAUUAGAGGUGAGCUCGCGCUGAAGGUGUUUGUAACUGAUAACCCCUCUCUCAAGGUACCGGUUCCAAACCCUAGAAAGAAGAUUACUUCUAACACAAGGCGAAGAUUCCACAGCAUCCCUGCGUCAGAGAAUACUGAACCUAGCCAACCAUCGCGUCGACCACAACCGCAACCACAACUGCAACCAUCGCCUCAACCGCAACCGCAACCAUCGCCUCGACCACAACCGCAACCAUUGCCUCGACCGCAAUCGCAACCACAACCACAACCAUUGUCUCGACCGCAACCGCAACCACAACGGCUUCAAAUGCCGACACCGGUUAUGGAAGCUGCUCCAUUUCAACCGGUCAGACCGGUUCUUAGAGGAGGCCUACAAGCAAAAACAACCACCACUCAUGAUCUCGUCGAGCCAAUGGAAUAUCUCUUCAUCAAGAUCGUGAAAGCACGUAAUCUUCCGACAAUGGACGCGACAGGAAGUCUAGACCCCUACGUCGAAGUCAAACUCGGAAACUUCACAGCAAGAACGACACACUUCGAGAAGAACAAGAAUCCUGUUUGGAACGAAGUCUUUGCUUUCACCAAAUCAGACCAACAAGCAAACUUCGUGGACGUCAUCGUCAUGGACAAAGACGUCAUCAAAGACGACUUCGUUGGUUCGAUCCGGUUCGAUCUAAACGAGAUACCGACACGUGUUGCAACAGAUAGUUCCUUAGCUCCGGAAUGGCACAUAGUCAACCAUGAGAAAGGAGGAGAGAUUAUGUUAUCUGUUUGGUUCGGUACUCAAGCCGACGAAGCGUUCUCAGACGCGACGUACUCAGACGCUUUAAACGCUGUAAACAAAUCGAGUGUGCGCUCUAAAGUCUACCAUUCUCCAAGGCUAUGGUACCUUCGGGUUAACGUCAUCGAGGCACAGGACUUGGUUAUCGUACCAGACCGGACUCAGUUUCCUCCAAAUCCUUAUGUUAAAAUCAAGUUAGGUAAUCAGAUGGUUCGAACCAAACCGGGUCAAUCGCUUAACCCGAAAUGGAACGAAGAGUUCACAUUUGUGGCGGCUGAACCAUUUGAGGAUCUUGAAAUCUCAAUCCAAGACCGAGAGGAAACGCUUGGAACGGUUGAGAUAUCGUUUGAUGAAAUAGAAAGACGGGCUGAUGAUAACCGGAUAGUACCAAACCGUUGGUUUAGUCUUGCGUUAGAGAGCCAGAGGAGAGUUAGAUUUGCAACUACUAGGAUUCUUCUGAAUGUUUGUUUAGAAGGAGGCUACCACGUUCUUGAUGAGUCCACUUACAACAGCAGCGACUUCAGACCGUCGAUGAAGGAGCAGUUGAACCGAUAUGAGCCAUCAGUUGGUGUCCUUGAGUUAGGGAUCUUAGGAGCUGAAGGUUUGAGUCUGAGUGAAGAUGGGAAGAAAGAGACAGUUGAUACUUAUUGUGUGGCUAAGUACGGGACAAAAUGGGUUAGGACGCGGACCGUUAUGAACUGUUUAAACCCGCGGUUCAACGAGCAGUACACAUGGGAGGUUUAUGAGCCAGCAACUGUGAUAACGAUCGGCGUCUUCAAUAACAAUGGGACCAAUGGUGGUAACAACAAAGAUGGGAAGAUUGGGAAAGCCAGAGUUCGAAUAUCUACUCUUGAAUCAGGAAGACUCUACACUAACUCGUACCCGCUUCUCGUUCUUCGACCUUCAGGUGUCAAGAACAUGGGUGAACUACAUUUGGCGAUUCGGUUUACUUGCACCUCCAUGUUUCAGAUGCUUCUCCAUUACUGGAAACCGAUUCUUCCCAAAAUGCAUUACGUGAGACCUUUAAAAGUAGUGCAGCAGCAAAUUCUCAGGCAGCACGCGGUUAACCUAGUGGCGGCUCGGCUAAGCAGAGCCGAACCGCCACUUAGGAAAGAAGUGAUAGAGUAUGUAACCGAUUCGAACUCUCAUUUUUGGAGCAUUAGGAAAAGCAGAGCUAACCUCUACAGGUUGAGAUCGGUUUUCUCCGGUUUACUCGGUACCGGAGAAUGGUUUCAAGAUAUCUGCAUGUGGAAGAGACCAGUAACUUCUACAGCGGUUCAUGUACUCUACUUAGCGUUUGUGUGUUUACCAGAGAUGAUUCUUCCGUUAAUUUCUCUUUGGUUGUUCAUGCUUGGUGUAUGGAACUACAGAUUACGCCCAAGACAACCUCAACACAUGGACACAAGCCUUUCAUUUGCAGACAAUGUUCACCCUGAAGAGCUUACGGAGGAGUUCGAUACGUUUCCAUUCUCUUCCCAAGACCCAGGGACUGUUAAAUUGCGGUACGAGCGGUUGAGGAGCAUAGCUAGUAGAGCUCAGACGCUUGUGGGAGAUAUAGCUGGUCAAGGAGAGAGAGUUCAAGCUCUGUUAAGCUGGAGAGAUCCAAGAGCAACGUCCAUUUUCAUGGUGGUAUGUUUGGUUUCUUCUGUGGUUUUAUAUGUUGUGCCGUUUAAGGUUUUUGUUCUCCUGGCCGGAUUGUACAUCAUGAGACAUCCAAGAUUCAGGAGAAAGACACCUAAUGGUCUGGUUAACUUCUUUAAAAGACUUCCCGCUAAAACAGAUUGUAUGUUGUAGAAUAAUAAAUGAAAACACAUGAGUUCUGAAAAAUCACUACAAGUCUUUUUGUUUCC